GCACUGUCGUCCGCUGUAUUCCGUUUCCGAAUAGCAGAAGACAUCGUUUCGCGGGAACCAAUCACAAGUGUGAUUCGUCUCUGAGUUUUUGGUGUUACUUCUGACGUGCGCAACUACUUUGGGUGGUGGAGGUUCGUGUUUUUAUUGUAAAAUUUACAAAGAGAAUGGCAGCGCAGUGGAUACGAAAUACAGUUCCGAAAAUUGGCUGCGUGCGUUUUUACAGCAGUAAAGUUCACAAAUGCACACUUAUACCAGGAGAUGGUAUCGGGCCCGAAAUUUCUAUUGCCGUGCAAAAGAUUUUUGAUGCUGCCAAGGUGCCGAUAGAAUGGGAAUCUGUUGAUGUAACACCAGUAAAAGGCCCAGAUGGAAAAUUUGGCAUUCCACAAGCUGCUAUUGAUUCAGUUAACAGAAAUAAAAUUGGUUUGAAAGGACCAUUGAUGACACCCAUAGGAAAAGGACAUAGAUCUUUAAACCUUGCAUUAAGAAAGGAAUUUAAUUUAUAUGCUAAUGUGCGACCGUGUCGUUCCUUAGAAGGUUAUAAGACAUUAUACGAUAAUGUUGAUGUUGUCACUAUUAGAGAAAAUACAGAAGGAGAAUACUCUGGUAUAGAACAUGAAAUUGUAGAAGGAGUUGUACAGUCAAUUAAAUUAAUUACAGAGGAAGCUUCGAGCCGAGUAGCAGAAUUUGCUUUUCAGUAUGCUCAAGAUAAUAAUAGGAAAAAGGUGACUGCUGUACACAAAGCAAAUAUAAUGAGAAUGUCAGACGGUUUGUUCUUAAGAUGUUGUAGGGAGGCAGCACAAAAAUUUCCUUCUAUUAAAUUUGAAGAAAGAUAUUUGGACACUGUGUGUCUAAACAUGGUUCAAGAUCCCAGUCAAUAUGACGUACUUGUAAUGCCUAACUUAUAUGGCGAUAUUUUAUCUGAUAUGUGUGCUGGACUUGUAGGAGGACUUGGUCUCACACCAAGUGGAAAUAUUGGCUUGAAUGGUGCAUUGUUUGAAUCUGUGCAUGGAACUGCUCCAGAUAUAGCAGGUCAAGAUAAGGCAAAUCCAACAGCAUUAUUACUCUCUGCUGUAAUGAUGCUUAAAUAUAUGGGAUUAAAUGAACAAGCAAGAAUCAUUGAAAAUUCUGCUUAUGAAACUAUUAAAGAAGGUAAACAUUUAACCGGAGAUCUUGGUGGAUCUGCAAAGUGCAGUGAAUACACUAAUGAAAUUUGCAAGAAAUAAUAAAAUUGGAAAAUACGAAAAGAAAAUUUAAAUUCUUUUGCAACCAUAUAUAUAAAUAUAAAUUUAUAAAUAUUAAUAUUCAUAUGAAUAAAAUAAGACAAGGUUUUUUUUUUAAUUAUAUUAAUUUCCACUUGUGAUACUUUUUUUUUUAUAAAGAAAUAGUUAUUGUUAAAAUAUAA